CCGUGCGUGCGCGCCCCCGUGUGUCACCUUGCUCCAUCGCUAGAGGUAAAGCACCGACCAGAAGCUACAGCUACGCGUGAAGCCAGAAUCCCUUUACCGAGGGACUGUCGUCCGGUUUGAAAAGAGCCAGAGAGAAAAUGGCGGAAGCUUCCAAACCGAAGACCUCUCCCAAGGCCAUUAAGUUCCUCUUUGGGGGACUGGCAGGGAUGGGAGCGACAGUGUUCGUCCAGCCUCUCGAUCUAGUCAAGAACAGAAUGCAGCUGAGUGGUCAGGGAGGAAAGGCCCGGGAAUACAAGACCAGCUUCCAUGCUCUGGCAUCUAUACUGAAGAAUGAAGGACUAGGAGGCAUCUAUACUGGUCUGUCAGCAGGUCUCCUCCGCCAGGCUACCUACACCACAACGAGGUUAGGAAUCUACACGGUGUUGUUUGAGAAGAUGACGGGACAGGACGGGACUCCGCCCAGCUUCCUCAUGAAGGCUCUGAUUGGUAUGACGGCUGGAGCAACCGGAGCCUUCGUUGGAACACCUGCUGAAGUCGCCUUGAUCAGGAUGACCGCUGACGGACGUCUCCCUGCAGACCAGAAGAGAGGGUAUUCUAAUGUGUUCAAUGCUCUGGCCAGAAUCACUAAAGAAGAGGGGGUCACCACACUAUGGAGGGGGUGUAUUCCCACCAUGGCCCGUGCUGUAGUGGUCAACGCUGCCCAGCUGGCCUCCUACUCUCAGAGCAAACAGGCUCUUAUAGAGACAGGGUAUUUUGUGGACGGCAUCUUCCUCCAUUUCUGUGCCAGUAUGAUCAGCGGGCUGGUAACCACGGCAGCGUCCAUGCCCGUCGACAUCGUCAAGACCAGGAUUCAGAACAUGAGAAUGAUCGAUGGGAAACCAGAGUUUAAGAAUGGCCUGGACGUGUUGGCGAGGGUAAUCCGUAAUGAAGGAUUCUUCUCUCUGUGGAAGGGUUUCACUCCGUACUACGCCAGACUGGGACCUCACACCGUCCUCACGUUCAUCUUCCUGGAACAGAUGAAUAAGGCUUAUAAAGUCUACUUCCUGGAUUAGAGACGGGAUAAAUAAGGAUUGGGGGAAGGGAGCUGAUCUUAGUUCUGGACCUACGGGAAACUGUACCCCGGAGCCACACACACACACACAGAAGCAGGCGCGCACACACACACACACACACACACACACACACACACAUACACUCACACUCUCUCACACUCACACUCUCUCACACUCACACACACAUAUACACUCACACACUCACACUCUCACACACACACUCUCACACACACACUCUCACACACACACACACAGAAGCAGGCGCACACAGACUGAAGCAGGUGCACACGACACACACGGACAGACACACCCUCGUGUGUGAUGUGAGUGACCUUUAACCCCUGUCAUGUGACCUGACCCCAUUGUGUUAUUUUUUACUGAAGGACUCAGAACCUCAGAAUGUACCAGCCACCCCCCCCCCAUAUUGACACUUGGUAUAGUCCCCCCCCCCCCCAUGUUGACACUUGGUAUAGUCGUCCCCUCCCCCCACUAUGGAACAGAUGGCUGGAAAACCUUGAUGAUGACAAACAGAUUAAAAAUGGAUUUAUUUCUGACAAACAA